UGGAGUCCAGCCAGUCACUAAGGCAUGAAAUUAAGGCAGAUCACAAGCUUAUUUCCAAAACACACUGUGAAUCUGCUGAGAGAAGCAUUUGGUCUUUACACGUUGUCAAUUCCACUCAAAUUCGUUGAUCUGUAAGUCAGUUGCUGAGGAUAUUUUCACAUUGCCAAACUGACGUUCAUCUAUAUGGAUAAAGACACGGACAAAACACUUCUGUUCUGGCGCAUGCAAGUAUCAUAUUGGAAGGUCAGUACAAUACCGUGCAAUUGGUGCUGCCAGAGCAUGCGACAAUAAAAUACACCGUUCUUUUGCUGUACUCGAAGCACGUAACUAGGAUAAUAAUGGCUGAUGAUUGAAGCAUUAUAAUGGGCUAAUGGCGGAUGUUACACCAGCUACACAGACCUACAGCAGGGUACAUACAUAAAGAAACUAAUCAGGAGGCGGUAUAUGGCAGUAAAAUAACGGAAUAAUACUGCGAUUAUCGCCAUAUGGUACAACGAUUUGACGCCAUAGCAUGAGUAGUAUGGCAAUAUAUCGCAAUACUACAGAUCGCCGUAACAAAGAGAGACUUACACGACGAAUUGCCAAAUUCAAACCUCCGUAAAGAAGCGCGGGGCAAAUUCCACCGUUGAAAAUGUAGUUUCAUUAUUAAUCAACCUUAUCAAUGCGCACGCACGAUACAAUCUCAUUCGUCAGAUUAACAAGCAGGUGGUGUAUAAAAUUAAUGUAAAAUUUGUGGUAAUAUACAAAGUAGCAAUUUAUAGCUUUCAUUUGGAUUUAAAUAUCGAGGAACCAUUCAAACCGAACAUGUGUAGUCAUUGCUUUGCAUAAGAAGUUGGCAUUGAUAACCGUCUGCGAGUUUUCAGGGGAAAGGUCGAUAUAUCGCAUCGGCAUAGCACGAGGGUAUCUAGCACAAUGUCUGUAGCACUGAUUUCCACCUUCUCGCUUCUUGUGAUGGUAGUUCGUGCCAUUGUCGAUGUCAAAGUAGGCAUAUUGCACCAUUGGCCCCAGCAUGACACCUUUAUUGGUACAUUCUAUGUUUUUCCGGCCGCCCAAAUCGCCUUUGAAACCGUUGCUGGACGAUUGGAAACUGGCCAGUACCAGAACUUUAACAUGUCCUACAUCAGCACCGAUGAGUGUUGCACACGCCCAGUGCGGUCUACAGGGGCCCUUGCCGCAUCCAUGUACUACGACCAUGGAGUAGAUGCUUUCCUUGGUCCAUCCAAGAGCAUGGAGAUGGCAGCCGUAGCUGACAUGGCAGCUUAUUGGAACCUCCCGGUGAUCACCGCCGCUGCCAGCUCUUUUCAUCUUGCAGACAAGGCGCGUUUCGCAACUCUGACCCGCACAUUCCCCAAGCUGGCGUCGGUGAGCAAAUACCUGGCUGAAAUCUUCCAGCAGCACCAGUGGACAAGUUGCGUAGUGCUACGGGGGUUCGAGACAACCCGUUUCUUUGAGCACAGUGUCCCAUCCUCUAUAGCCGCUGCCCUUCAAGAUGCUGGGGUCACUGUGAUCGAGGUUUUCGCCAACAACUACAGUACUCUUGGUCAGGCACUGGAGGAAGCUGCUACGUGGAGCAGUGUAAUAUUCCUUUGCACCUCCCCUGUUCGUGACAUAAUGGGUCACGCCUACCGUCUGGGCUACAAGGCGGAAUCACACACCUUUCUGUACUGGUACCCGCUCGAGAAAGAGAGUUGGCACACGAGCUCCCAGUUUCAGAGCCUCAGCAAGGAAGAGACAGAGGCCAUGAAGGCGUUAGUCGUCUUGCGCCCAGAACUUCCAAAGUCUGACGAAGCGUACCAGCAAUUUCAAAGGAAGUUACGGGAACGCCAGCAGGCUCUGUACGGCAAGACUCAGGUCGAGGAUAACGUGGUGGCUGCGGCUACUCAUGACGCCGUUCUGAUGUAUGCAGACGUCAUCAAUGAGAUUGUGGCAGAGGGCGGUGACGUAAGGGAUGGCAGAUCAGUGACAAAGAAGAUGUGGAAUCGCACGUUUGAAGGUUUGACAGGGACCUUUAAGAUUGGUAAUGAUGGGGACCGUUUGAUGGUCAACCAGAUGUUGCUAAUGACAGGCGAUUACCCUGGACACUUCAAUGUCACUUUUACGCACGACGAAGCUGCAGAUUCCUUAAGAGUUUGACGCGACUAGAGAUAAGAGACCGAUUGUCAGCUACUAUAAUGACGUAUUAUUAUUCCCAUUUUUUUGCUUAGUUUUUUUUUUGUUUCAGCAUUCUGGUAUUGGCAAAAUAUGUACGAAACAUUGUUUUGAUUCUUUUUAAAUUGGCAAUCCACAGAAAGAUAUAUGGAGGUGUAAGAGGCAGAUUUUUUUAUCAAGAAUUGCAAAUGAUACAGAAAAUAAGUUGGAGAGUAGUUAAAGGUUAAGGGAACUGAAUUUGUUUUGCCCAAAGACAGGCAAACCGACUGAAGAUUUUUCGUGUAGUUGUGUGUUUUCUUUAAAACUCCUUGUCAGCAUUUCUGAAGUGUAACAUCGUUUGGUUUUGAAUGGACACUCCAGUUCAGUAUUCUGUUGCCCUCGCAGCAUCUCAAAAGGCUUCAGUUACCUAGUUGUUGAAUGGUUUCUGUGUUUGUUUGCUACGUUUUGAAGUCUAUUGCUGUUUAUUCAACACUGAAUGCACUCAAAAGUCGAAAAGAUCUUCUCAGCGGAAUAUUAAUACUUCGGAGUCAGUAUAGCUGGGAUACAUGUUGAGUGCAUUUGUUCACUUGGUUAUAUCACUGGUUCGCCAAGAAAAUCAGAUGACAUCAAAAGCAUCACCACGCUAAGAGUGUCCUCCUUUAAACCCUACAAGUCAUAUAUACCGUAACGUGACAUUUUAUCCAUAAAUGGAAAGUGUUUUUUAAUCGUCUUUUGGGGAACACGCUGUUAAGAAUAGUAAAAUUUCAUUUUAUGAAACGCAAAGAUGUUUCAUUCAAGGAUAUGCCCCAAGGUACCAUAAUGUUUUUAGUCACAACGCGCUGAAAUAGGUCAAAAUUGACGUAUGUGCUUCCUCGGAGGAAUAUAUUCGUAAUAUUAUCUAGUGAAAUCUGAAGUGAAGUACCUUGUAUAUAUACACUCUAUUUCCUGAUUUCAGAUCGCAAAAGUGAUUCACUCAAUUUGCAUUUACAAAAAAUUCUCAAAUUCCAAUGAAAUGUGGUCAGUAGUCCACCACCUUGCAAGUUGGAGAUACUGCAAAAAUUAUUUUCCGAUUCUGAGCUUUUAAUUUUGACUUACUUUUCAUACUAUUAUUGGUUCGGUUGCAGUUCUUGAUUGCGACAAAAACUUCUUCACAAAUAAAAAGUAAUCGGGCGAAAAUCCAUUUUUCAGCCAACAAGCUAGUAAAGCUGAUUUUCUAAAGGAAAUUUUCUUAGAGAAAGAAGUUCAUAAUAAAAAUUCCAUAACUAAUUCCCACAAAUUAAAAAGUAGAACAUGUGUAAAUUUUCACUAAACUUUAUCAGAUGGACAGCAAGCUGUCAACAAUACGACCCCCAUGCCGCGCACUGACAAACCCAUUACGCCACAUUUCUGCUAGGUCAGUAUAGUUGAGUUUGUAACGUACCUGUAUUGAGUGCACUUAACGUGCGAUUCAAAUUUUGAAAAAAAAAAAUGUGUUCAGUUUUCAGCCGAUUUUGAAAACAGAAAUUCUAAUUCAUUUGAUUAGCUGUAAACGUGUAUAGGCCUAUGGCUGUCGAAUACGAAAAAAGUAUUUAGAAUCACACAUAGUGGGUGACCAUCACCAUGUAAAUUGUUGCUGAUUUUUUUUUUGUUCUAAUGAUUUUAACCAACUCAAAUGUCGAAGUGUGAACCAGAAAGUUUGAAAACAAAUAUAGGCCUAUUUUACCUGUUUACCUUUCAAAUAGAACUUGUCGUCGAAUGCGAACUGAAGAACAGCACAAAAAGACGGUUUUAAAUUCAAACGAUCCAGAAUUAGGAAAGACCUGUAACUAGAAAAACGACUAUCAAGUGUCAUGAUUUUAUUUGCACGGAAAUGUUGUGGAAUCCGGUCCCCCCCAAGAAAUUUCACCUAGUUUUUGUAGAAAUAAUUAUUGUAGAAAUAAUUUUUAUUUUCCUGAAAUUGCAUCUGCUUUUUAAAUCAGAACCAGCACAAUGAUCAGUAUUUUACCUGACACAGACAAACCUAGAUCCCAAGGACACAAAGGAGAAGCACAUUUUAAAACUAACAUGACUGGCAAACGCUUGGCAUGCGAUUAUUGCGAUAUGCUUCGAAUGGAAUUUUGGCAUGUUUGGGAGGCCGAGAAG